AUGCCCAUCUGGGGAGGGCAACCGGGGUGCGGGCCGGAGAUCAUGAUGAUGCGGCACUGCGACAUGCAGCAGCUGCUACAGAACAUGUUUGUGUUUGACGGGGACAUGCUGCUCGUGACAGACCGGGACAAGAACAAGGCGAUCCGGGGCAUUGGGCACAAGGUGGCGUGGUUUCUGCCGGCACAUGUGGGCAAGAUGCUGAUAGCGUACAUAACGUGGGUGCUGCCGUUUGAGAAGAUGCUGUACACGCAGGCGGGCGGGGCAAAGGGACAAUGGGAGACGGCGGAGCUAAGCAAGCAGCUAGCGGCGCUGGCAGGGCAACAUAUCGGGGUGGAACUAACGGUGGCAGACUAUCGACACGUAACGAUUGAGCUGGGGCGGAAGAUCCGGGGUCUGGUGAUACGGCAGCUUGAGGUGGAUAUCGGGACAGCCGAACAGGAUGACAUUAGAGGCGGCGGGGGACCGGGACGUGAAGAUCCGGUGACGGGCGAGACGCGGGAGCAACAGAAGACAGAGUCCAUCUGGGAUCUGUCACGGCGAGCAUACUGGGGAGCUGGGACAUGGCCGGCAGCAAGCAGCUAUUACUCUAUUGACGAGAAUAUCAAGACUAGAGAGGAAAGGAAGAGAGAGAGAGAGAUAGGUACAGUGGGAGGUUGCCCCUUUAAGGGGAUCCUCUGGUCAGAUCCUUCCCCUAUUGGGAAGUAUCCGCUUGUCAUGUGGGAAGGUCUGUGCAGGCCGUCACAGGAUCUGCAGGCGACGCACGGCAGCGCGAUAGCACGGCAGCAUUACGCGCUCGACGUACGAUUCCCAGGGCAGCUGCAGCCACAGAUGAUAGCAAACUACCAGGAAAUCAGCCGGUUAUGGCACGGGUACUUGCAGCCGAGCGGCAGCGGCGGCGAUCAGGGUCAAGACGAUGAUUACAAGAGCGCCAGCAAGGACAAGAAGAGACAAGCCAAGGCAGCAGACAGGGGCAGGGGCGGGGACAAGGACAGAAAUAACAGAGGCGGCAAGAAAAGGAAGGUGGGCAACGAUAGAUCUAAGCCGGGGGCUACGGAGAAGGACGGUGGCAAGGACAACACUGAUAACAGCAGCAACAAGGAGAGCUGCGAGACCGGGAUAGACAACGGACUGCGCAGGUUACUAGGAAUCGAUGCCUGCUGGAAGACAGAGGAACAGCAGGCAGCGAUGACAAAGGUGAUGGCAACGAAGGGCAGACAGGCACUUAUCGUGGUGCUGCCGACAGGUGGCAGGAAGAGCAUUCUCUUCAUGCUGCCAGCAGUGACAGAGAAGACAGGAACGACGGUAGUAAUGGUGCUGUUUAUAGCGCUGAUGGACGAUCUGGCGGCGCGGGCACGGGACUUUAGGGUGGACAGUCUGCGAUGGCAGACGGCGGCACAGACAGGGCGGGACGAGUCCUAG